GUAAAAUUAAAAACCAAGUUGAGGUGCUGUUUACCUUUUACUAAAUUUAUCACGUACCUAUUGUAUAAUAAUGCGAUUUCAAUUUUUGUAAAACUGUCAAUUUUCGUCAUUGCGUCCAUACGAUUGUGACACGUGCAAAACAACUUUUCAACGUAAGUGAAAUAUGGAGCGACAAGUUAACAAUCAUUCUUCUCGUAAAAAACCUUAUAAAUGUCAGAAAUGUGGUAACCGUUUUUCGACAAAAAAACAAGUAACUGCCCAUGAAAUAGUUCAUUCAUUGUUGCGCCCGUAUAAAUGUCUCAUAUGCGAUAAAACGUUUACAACUAAAGCAAAUCUAAUAUACCAUUCUAAAUGUCAUCAUUCUGAGUGUGAGAAACCUUAUGAGUGCCAAGUAUGUGAGAAACGUUUGUGUACAAAACAAAGUUUAAUUGAACAUGAAGCAGUUCAUUUAUCGUUGUGUCCGUAUGAAUGUGACAUUUGCGAUAAGACGUUUAAAACUCCUACAAGUCUAAUACACCAUCGUAAACGUCAUUUUUGUCUUGAAAAACCUGAUGAGUACCAAGUAUGUGAGAAACGUUUGUGUACAAAACAAAGUUUAUCUGAACAUGAAGCAGUUCAUUCAUCGUUGUGUACGUAUAAAUGUGACAUAUGCGAUAAAACUUUUAACCUUCAGAAGCAUUUAACAUUCCAUAAAAAACUUCAUUUUGCUCUUGAGAAACCUAUUGAGUGCCAAAAAUGUGAUAACCGUUUGUGUACAAAACGAAGUUUAAUUGAACAUCAAGCAGUUCUUUCAUCGUUGCGUCCGUUCAAAUGUGCCAUAUGCGAUCAACCUUUUACAACCAAGACACAUCUAAAACUCCAUAUCAAACGACAUUUUAAGUACCGUUUUAAGUGCCAAGUGUGUGGCAAUUUUUUCGAGUCACAAAUACUGGAAGAUAAAUAUGGAAUUUGUGUUCACUACACGUGUAAUAUAUGCGAAGAAAGUUAUAAAAAAAGAGUACUGUUUAAGAAACAAGAUGUAUCAUAA